AUGCUGGUGGCCACGGUGCUUCCACGACGAAUAUCCGUCGGACGAUGUGCGCGGGCACAGUGCCGGGCUUUCUCCGCCUCACCUCCUCACAGGCGGAAGGCGUCCGAACUCGAGACGGUACUUCGCGCGCAGGAUCCCUUUGAUCGGAUACAGUUCUUCCCCGACCUGCAGUUUCCAAAGGAGGCGAACAACUACAAAAGCCGAAUGGCUUGGCUGUCAGGUGGCCUGGUUGAGGCAGAACCGCAUCUCGUGCCGUUCUGGACUCUCAUCGUGCACAUCAACCGGACAUGGUUCGUGAAGAAUGUUGAGGACGGGACCCGCAAGUUGAGGUUCAAGCAAACCCAGUGGCCGACGGCGCAGAUGUUCACGAUAGCCGCUGUACCGGAGACACACUGGGCACACGGCCUCGUCCUGACGCCGGACUCGUUUGACAUGGCUGUGUGCUCGGAGGACCCUUCACUGGAGCGCAUUGUGCGAGGCGACAAUGCGCAUCUCUUUCCGCAUUACGAUCCACUGUUUGCGGCGAAGUUCGCGUACGGCCCGCCGAAGAUGAGCCGAGAGCUGCUCCAGGCGAUCGCGGACAGGCAGCCCCUGCUAUACUCUGCGUCGCAGGGGAAGACGAUGCUUGCGGACAAAUUGCGGGAAGUGAACAUACUAGGAGACACGACGAACGACCCCGACAAGGAGGCGUACUUCGACACGGGAGAGGUGCAGAACGGCGGCCUGCGGCCUCUGGUUCGCAUACCUGGGGGCUUUGGACGCAGGUCCGAGGACGAUCUUGCUGGCCCGAAUCGUCCUGUGCAUAUGCAGUGGAUCCCUGCUCAGAACACAAUCGCCAUCGGUCACUGCCCACCCUCCCACUCGGCAGAGCUGCACGAGUUUCUCAUCUCCUCGAUGCGGAGCAAUCCCAUCCAGAAGAGUGUUUGGGAGGAUGCGACUAUUCUGCCCUGGUCGCCGACGAGUCAGGCCGGUGGAAAUCGGCUCAGCUUUGAGAGAGGACCGAGCGUCUCGGAGCACCUGCGGAGGAGAGCUGCGUCCGUCUCUUCCACCGCUUCCGCCGCCGGCCCGUCAAAUGUGGCCGGUUCUGCUGGUACCCGGCCAACGGCCAAAGCGGGACCAACAGUAACCGAUAGUCGCGAGCAGGUCGAGACGCGGAACCGUCUUCUUCGCCAAAGACUGCGCGAACAGGUCCAGCGUCAGCGAGCAUGGGCUGCUGUUGGGUCCGAUGACGGCAGAGUGACGCCCGGUACGCCGGGCGCGCCGUCGCAGGUGGUGGCUGCGUACGAGGAGAAGCAGUACGCCGCCGGCCGCCCUCAGCCGGCAGUGCACAAGAUCAUCUCCGAUCCGCGGUCAUACUACAAACGUCUCGGAAUGGUGCCGGAGCCGAGACAUCUGCAGUACUUCCACGAGAAGGAGGUCGACGCCGAGAUCAAGGAGGUGUACCGUGAACUCACGCUUCAGAAUCACCCCGACCGCGCCGCGAGCCCAGAGGAAGAAGCACGCCUGCACCACAUCAUGGCCAACAUCAACGUCGCCAAGGAUCACCUUGAGACUGCAGAGAAGCGCAUCGUGUACCACAACCGCUUCUCCCCGACCAAGCUGUACCGCUGA